UUUCCAAUAGGCAGCUGUCAGAAUUAACCUCUUUUGUGACAACUAGCGCCAUCAUCGAUUUGCAACAAUUUCAUCGAUUUCUAACCUCAAAUAGUCAAAAUAACCGCGCGGGAAAAGUAGCCGGCGAAGAAAGGGAAAAUUUUGUCAUUUUCUCCGUGAAAUUGAAGUGAAAAUGCGUUAUCAAUUAAGGACCUGUCGCUUGAUUGACGUCAUCAAGGUGGAGGAAAAGCUCCUGGCUGUUCAAUAUGAAUUCACCCCACGACAUGGGGUGCAAAAGUGGGUGAUGGAUAGAGAUUGGAGGGAUAUUGAGCGUGUCCUGGGGACGUAUAUUGAGGAGGGGAAGUACAAAACAGUCCAGCAUAGCGAGAUCCUCCACGUAGAAGGAGAUAUUCAGCUGAAGGUGCGAACUGUUCAAUGUCCGGAAUAUUUGAGUAGGAUUUUUGAAGGGGAUGCCGGACCGUCCACCACAGUGGGUUCAACGCGUUGUCAGGGCUCCUACCACAGUACACAGCUUGAGGUGAUUGUCAAAUUUGGGGCGCUCAAGAAAGCCAGCGAGGAAGCUCAGGGGAAGACGAAGAAAGAGACAGAAGUUCCGGAGAAGAAGACUGAUGAGGAGAAAGAUGUGAAGACUGACAAGGAGCCCCCGAAGGAGCCGAAGAAUGAAGGUGAAUCAACAAUGGGGGAUGGUUGCUUCGUGGUUACUUCAUCCCUUUGUACGCCUACAAAGGAAGAAGAAGGAAAUCUCGCAGUUUGUAGGACAGGAGUUAUGGUGCGUAGGCGUCCUCAGACCCCAUGGCCACAUGCCACAAGUACACCAUUCCCAGCAGAUGAUCCAUACAAAUUCGACGAAGAAUUGCCCAGUGAAAUCAUUGAGCCAUCAUCCGUCACCAAGGCAACAAAGCGGAAGCGCCAGGAACAAGUAACACCAGAUCUUGUCCUGGAUUCAAGUGAUUCCGAAGCUGGGGAUCCUCUAGCUGGCACAGAGAAAAAACACACCAAUACAGUAAUCGACCUCUUGACACAAUCAACAACGGGGGAUCCCACGGAGGGACCUUCCGGAACUGUUGAGGUGUGCAAGAAGGCAAAAUGUGUCGAGGCUGAAUCCACGAGCACCGAAGCUCCACUCCCUAAUGGACGAUCCCUUCGUCCCAGGAGGAACAUCAAUCUCUUCACUCAAUGCUCUCCCGGAGAUCCCAUGGAGGGACCUUCCGGAGCCGCCACAGCACCCGAUACAAAGCCCCCUGUGACAACCCACAAUAAUUCAGACUCAGAUUUGGAGGAAGUUCCUCUGGUGCUGAAGCCAGGUGCUGGAGAACGAAAGCCCAACACAAGCUUGGAUAAUUGGGUAAUCCGUACGGAUGAGCAGCGUCGGCAAUUGACAAAAGCAGAGAGACUAAAGGAAUUGCAGAUUAUCUCUCCGCCACGAUCAACAAAGAAGCCACGGAAGAGGGUGGUGAGGAAGAAGAAAAAAGUGGUGGAGAAGGUGCCAAGGAGGUCAAAGAAAUUCCUACUGAAUCAAUUCAGCUCAGACAGUUCCGAUCAGGAAGAACUUCCACCACGAAAGACAUGUCAUCACUUAAGCUUUGAAGCUCUGGCGGAUUCAUUCAAACUGGUCGAAGAACCAAUGACGAAGGCUGUGGAGAUUUUCGAGAAGAAUCGUCGAAUGCCGGAAAUUCCUGACUUCCACUUUGCUCGAUACACGGACAUCAUCAACAGUAAGCAAGUGCAAUUCGCUAUGAACUUCCUCACAAAUAGAUAUGCUGAGAAUCUCGCAAAGGAGACAGUGGACUACGGCAAGCUAUCCCAGAUGGUGUUGCAGUACGUUCUUGCUGAGUGGAUUAUGCACGUCUUCAUGGCGGAGCACAACAUGACACGUGCAGAGGCAAUUGCUUAUCUCAUUGAGCGGGAGAAGAAGGAUAAGAAUAUGAAUACAGACUUUUAGAGAAAAAUAUCUUUCAUCUGAAAUUAAUUCUAAAAAAAAACCCACCUGAAGAGGCUGUUAAGCUAACUGAAAUAUGUAGCUGAAUUUUUAACAUGAAAUAAGGAUUCCUAUUCUUUCAUUAAUAUAACUAUGAGAAUUAUAAUGUUGAAUUCGUUGAAAUAAAUUCUUAAGAACUUUCUUAUUCAUAUUAAAAA